UGCUACUGACCUCUGUUGAAUUAUUUUAUUUGUGAGCACUGACUAUUUAAAGAACCAAAAUGUAAUUAGAACCCGUAUAAUGAUAUUAUCUGUUCAUAAUCUAACGUUUGCUUGCUAUUAUAGCUGUAAACUAUGAAGCUGGAUCAGCUCGCUGGCUAACUGUCAAAUUCAGUUCCAUUUGUGAACAGUUUGCACCGCCACAUUCACGCCUUUUAUUAACAGACCCACUGCAAAGCCCAAGCUGACAUCUGCAUUACCAAACGGGGGUGCAACCACACCGUUAAAUACAUUUUACAACUGUAUGUGUGCCUCAUAUUAAGGGUUACAAGCGCUGACCAUCAUGUCGCUGCAGGGAGGUCCACUGUAGGAGAUGCGAGCGGCGUUGCGCCUGGCAGUAGUGGCUGUCCCUAUGGGUGUGCUGCUGUCCCGGACCAUGGCGUGGAUGUCCAGCGGCAAAACUCAUCCAGAACUCAUUAGCAGGCUGAGGGAUCAUGGGGUGAUCCGCGAUGACAGAGUGUUCAAUGCCAUGCUGGCAACUGACAGAGGGAUUUACUCCAGAGACUAUCCUUAUGCAGACUCUCCUCAGUCCAUAGGCUACAGGGCGACCAUCAGUGCACCACACAUGCAUGCUCAUGCUUUGGAGCUGUUAAGUGACAAACUAAUUGAAGGGGCCUCUGCACUGGAUGUAGGUUCAGGAAGUGGAUAUCUCACUGCAUGCUUUGCAAGAAUGACAGGACCCAGUGGUAGAGUGGUUGGCAUCGAACACAUUGAUGAACUGGUGCAAAUGUCGAUAAAAAAUGUGCAAGCUGACGAUGCAGAACUGCUCUCCUCUGGACGCAUCAGACUUGUAGUGGGAGAUGGAAGACUUGGCUUCCCAGAUGGAGCGCCAUAUGAUGCCAUUCAUGUGGGUGCAGCUGCAGCUACUGUUCCUAAGGCUGUAAGUACAUGUUUGGCUUUUACUCUUGUGAGAAUAGAAUUUACAGAAACAGAAUAAUGUUCAAACAAUGGG